GAGUUCCUGUCUUCAGCUGUCCCCCACCCCCUGGCCCUCCUGCCAGGCCCACCCCAGAGUGUCUGGUGGGGGAAAUAGGUCCUCUGAUUCAGAGUUUGUGUCCAGGGCGGGGUCAGGCCCUGUACACCUGGCAUUGUGGGGACCCUGAUGGCCAUGGCAAGUCCCACUCGAGAGCUGUUCUUCGUUGGGUCAUGAGGAAGUGUGCGGCUCCACACGUGGACAGUGUGGCCCGUGCCUCAUGGACUCAACGCCGGGGCCAGACGGGCCUUGCCAGCGCCAAGAUGAGUGUCACCUCCUGGUUCCUGGUGAGCAGCAGCGGCACCCGCCACCGGCUCCCGCGAGAGCUCAUCUUCGUGGGGCGUGAUGAGUGUGAGCUCAUGCUGCAGUCCCGCAGCGUGGACAAGCAGCAUGCCGUCAUCAACUACGACCAGGACAGGGACGAGCACUGGGUGAAGGACCUGGGAAGCCUGAACGGGACGUUCGUGAAUGAUGUGCGCAUCCCGGACCAGAAGUACAUCACGCUGAAGCUCCAUGACGUCAUCCGAUUCGGCUACGAUUCCAACAUGUACGUACUGGAGCGUGUGCAGCACCGGGUCCCCGAGGAGGCGCUCAGGCACGAGAAGUAUACCAGCCAGCUGCAGGUGAGCAUCAAGGGCCCGGCACCCAGGAAGGGCGAAGCGCUGCCCCAGCACCCCCCGUACUGCGAGUCCUUGGGUCCCAGGCCAGAGAGGGGGGACCGGAGGCCAGGAACAGAGGCAGCGGCCUACCGCACCCCCCUGUACGGGCAGCCCUCCUGGUGGGGAGAAGAUGAUGGUGGCACCCCGCCCGAGGAGCGGCGCCAGGAGGAGCCCUACGCAGAGCGGCCCAAGGAGCUGGCGCAGCAGGACGGGGAGCUCCCCGGGACGAUGCCUGGCUUCCGGGCCUCGGUGGAGCCUCAGAGCUACUCAUUCAGGCGGGAGCCCAGUUACUUUGAGAUCCCCACGAAGGAGGCCCCGCCGCCGCCGCCACGGCCCCCCGAGGUGCCGGCGCAGGAGGCACCCACCAAGGAAGGGGAGCCGGGCGGGGCGGCCCCCGUAGUGCAGAGCCACGCCUCCUUCACCAUCGAGUUUGACGACUGCAGCCCCGGCAAGGUGAAGAUCAAGGACCACGUGACCAAGUUCUCCCUGCGCCAGAGGAGGCCGCCGGGCAAGGAGGCCGCACCUGCGGAGGCCGUGUCCGCGGAGACCAAGGUGGCCGACUGGCUGGUGCAGAAUGACCCGAGCCUGCUGUGCCGGGCCGGCCCCGGCGACGACCGUCACAGCACCAAGAGCGACCUGCCGGUCCACACCCGCACCCUCAAGGGCCACAAGCAUGAGGACGGCACCCAGAGCGACUCGGAGGACCCCGCGGCCAAGGCGGCGGCGGCGGUGGUGGCCGGGGUCCCUGCGGAGGGCAGCGGGGCGCAGGUGCGGCUGCAGAGGCAAAUGAAGCGAGAUCCCCAGGAGCUGCUGCACAACCAGCAGGCCUUUGUCAUCGAGUUCUUUGACCAGGACACGCCGCGCAAGAAGCGCUCCCAGUCCUUCACGCACACCCCUCCCGGGGACCCCAAGGCCGACAAGCGCCGAGGCCCCGGGCCAGCCGACAAAGACCGCUCGGGCGUCCCUGCCCCGGCGCGGGGCACAGGUGGCAGCUCGGGGCCACAGCGGGCCAGCUCGCUCAAGCGGGAGAGGACAGAGGAGCGGCUGGGGGGGCCCUCGCCCACGCCCCGGGGCUCCGCGCGGCCCUUCGGCAGUGUGGGACGCCGCUCCCGUCUGGCCCAGGACUUCAUGGCGCAGUGCCUGCGGGAGGGCUCCCCGGCCGCCCGGCCCGGCCCUGACAAGGCACCCCCAGCAUCACCGGCCCCCGAGACACCCCGUGGGGCCAGCCCCGUGGCCCCGGCGACCCCGCCACCACCCCCCGCCGACCCCCAGCUGACCAAGGCGCGCAAACAGGACGAGGACGACAGCCUGAGUGAUGCAGGGACCUACACCAUCGAGACAGAGGUGCAGGACCCGGAGGUGGAGGAGGCCCGCCAGAUGAUCGACCAGGUCUUUGGGGUACUCGAGUCUCCUGAGCUCUCCAGGGUGUCCUCCGCCACCUUCCGUCCCGUCAUCAGAGGGGACAGAGACGAGGCCGGCGACGGGGUAGCCCAGCGAAUGGCCCUACUGCAGGAGUUUGCCUCCCGGUCAGCGGGCAUGGCACCCCAAGGGGAGCUCCAGGGCCUCACGGUGCCGGGCUCUCCCGGGAGUCAGAAGUGGGUGUCCCGCUGGGCCAGCCUGGCCGACAGCUACUCAGACCCAGGCCUGGCAGAGGAGAGCCCUGGGCGCAGAGCCGGGGAGCUCGAGGGGACCCUGCCUGUGCGCCAGCGACGGCUGCUCCCACAGCUGCCCAGCGACCGCGCAGACAGCCCUGGGGGCCCCGAGGCCACCAGGAGGAGCGGCCCCGGGCCACCAGAGCCAGGCAGUGAGCAGGCCGGCUGCUUCUUGGGCCAGGAGGACUUGGAGCCUGACAGCCUCAGCGAUGCCAGCGGGUCGGACGGUGGGCGGGGCUCCGAGCGGGGUGGCGGCCCGCAAGAGGAGAGACGCCGGAGCCCCCAGGAGGGACUGGCAUGGACAAAGGGCCGGCGCUCGCCGAGGGCCCCUGGAGAGCCAGCCCCCACCUCUUUCUUCAUUGGGGACCAGAACGGGGAGACGGCCUUCCCCAGGAAACCUCUGGCUCCAGGGGAGGUGGAGGGCCCGGGGCGGGUGGCCCAGGCCAGCCCACCGGCGAGGGACAGCCUCUCCGUCGGCACCAGCGGGAGGAUGGUGAUCCAGCUGCGGACAGGGCGGUCCCCGGAGCCCGAGAGCCCCGCCCCGGCCUUGGUCCGGCAGGACAGCUUCAGCAAGGAGCCGGCUGGCGGCCCCCCAGCGCACGGCCAGCUGCCGCACAUCUCCAGCCACCCCCUCCUGCAGGACCUGGCUGCCGCCCGGGCCUCGCGCAUGGACCUGCACCCCCAGGACACCCACCUGAUCCUGAAGGAGACAGAGACGGCCCUGGCCGCCCUGGAGGCCCGGCUGCUGUCCAGAUCCGCGGAGGAGGCAGAGGGCCCCACGGGCAGUGCCCCCAGGCCGCCGGAGGACUCGCUGUCCGGGGACUCUGACGUGGACACGGCCAGCACUGUCAGUCUGCUCAGCGGGAAGAACGGGCCCAGCCCAACCAGCCCGCAGCCCGCGGGACCGCAGAGGGACAAGCCGCCGUCCCCGCAGGCAGCACAGGACCCGGGGGGUGUCGCCUUGAACAGCGCCCGUGAGCGGCUCUCGGACAAGCAGCGGCGCCCGCUGGGCCCGAGCGACGUGGGCCGCGUGGAGCCGGGGAGGCGCCUGGCCGUGCGGCGUGGCCCCGGGCCCCGGGGCUCCUCGGACUGGCCUGACGACGAUCGGGGCUGUGGCCUGGCGCCCCCGCCUGGCGCCGACGCGGUCACCUCUGACCACGAGGCCCCCGGGGCCGCUGGGGCGGGGAGGCCAGGCCCUCGGCGGAAACCCGCCGCCCCGCCGCCGCCGCCAGCUGCCCGGGAGGAGCAGAGCCGCGGCCCCGCCGGCUCCCAGAAGGCCCAGCAGGUGCUGACCCGCUCCAACAGCCUGUCCACCCCGCGGCCCACGCGGGCCUCCCGGCUGAGACGGGCCCGGCUGGGGGAGGCCUCGGACACGGAGGCUGCCGACGGGGAGCGGGGGCCCCCCGCCACCCCGGAGCCGGCGGGGCGGCCCGCCCCCGAGCAGGCCAAGAAGCUGUCGCGCCUGGACAUCCUGGCCAUGCCCCGGAAGCGGGCCGGCUCCUUCACAGGGCCCAGCGACUCCGAGGCGGCCCCCGCGCGGGCUGGCUUCUCCGGCCGCAGCGUCGAGUUGUACUGCUCGGGCCGCAAGCCCGUCAUGGCCGAGGCUCGGGCCGCCGCCAAGAAGGCCGCCAGCGCCACCGCGGUCCCCCGCCAGCCCUUUAGCAGGGCGCGCCCGGGCAGUGCCCGAUACUCGUCACCCAGCGCGCGCCGCCGGCAGCAGGGCUCGGAUUGCACGUCCACGUCCGAGGAGGAGUACGGCUCCCACCACGGCUCCCCCAAACACACACGCUCCCAUGCCUCUACAGCCACGCAGACCCCGCGGGCUGGCGGCUCUGGCCGCGCGCGACCCCGGGCGCCCGGCCUCCGGGACACGGAUGACGAGGAGGAAGACCCUGACCCCUACGGCUUUAUCGUGCAGACGGCGGAGAUCGCCGAGAUCGCCAGGCUGAGCCAGACACUGGUGAAGGACGUGGCCAUCCUCGCCCGGGAGAUCCACGACGUGGCUGGGGACGGUGACUCGCUGGGCUCACCGGGGCCCGCCCGCAGCCCCUCUCUCAGCAACGUGCCCAGCACACCUGCUUCGACCAUCUCUGCCCGUGAGGAGCUGGUACAACGCAUCCCCGAGGCCAGCCUCAACUUCCAGAAGGUGCCACCCGGCUCCCUGAGCUCUCGAGACGUGGACCAGAACAUGAACGACCGCUGUGAGGACCCCCUUGCCAGCAAGAUGCGGCCCCGGAGCCGCGAGGAGGUGAUCUUUGACAACCUGAUGCUGAACCCAGUGUCCCAGCUGUCUCACGCCAUCCGGGAGAACACGGAGCACCUGGCCGAGAAGAUGAAGAUCCUCUUUCAGAACACAGGGCGAGCCUGGGAGGAGCUAGAAGCCAGAAUCAACUCGGAGAACGAGGUGCCCAUCCUGAAGACGUCCAACAAGGAGAUCAGCUCCAUCCUGAAAGAACUGAGACGCGUGCAGAAGCAGCUGGAAGUCAUCAACGCCAUCGUGGACCCCAGCGGGAACCUGGACCUGCUGACCGGGAACCGCGGCUCCGGAGGCUCGGCCCAGCUUGGGAAGGGCCGGCCGGCUGCCCAGAGUCCGUCCUCGCCCCCCUUGGCCCUGCCUCUGAGGAGCUUCCCGCAGCGGGGCACCUGCGGGUCCCCUGGCCUCCCGGACCCCGCCUUCCUCCCCGACUUCCUCCCCGACGCAGAGAGGUUCCUGAUCUAGGCGCGGGCCGGGGCGGCCUCCCCGUGGCCCCGGGUCUGGCGCCUCCAGCCUCUCUGCCGGCCGCUGCGGCCCCUCCCGGCUGCGGACGGGUCGCCACAGAGACCCCCCACAUGCCAGGACCCCGUGGGCAGGGCCUCCGUGCCCAGACUCCCUCCCUCGCUCCCGGCCAGCACCCCAGCGGGAUGGCCCAGCCCCUGGGCUGCCCCUGCUGGCCUUCCGGCCCAGCUCCUGUCGUGGCCACUGCCGAGGGCUGGCGUCACAGGUGUGUACCCCGCGUCCUCUCCACUGCUGUUAUUUCUGUCUGUAGCUUUUAAGGAAAGGCUGGUCUGUGCCACGGCAGCAGCCCCUGGGCCUGGAAGGCCCUCCUCCCGCCUCUCGCGCUGGGGUGCGUGCUCACCUGUCCCUCCCUGGGGGCUGGCCCGGGCCAGGCAGGGGAAGAGGGGCUGGGCCAGGGGUGGGGGGCGUCAUUCAGUGCCAAACACGGAGCCGGGAGGGGCCCGUGAAGCCCCAGGACUCGAGGGCUCGGUGCGCCUGGCCAGGGCCCUCCAGCGGCCUCUGCCGCCUGGGCCCGGGCUGUGGCCCGUGGAGACGUUUGGGGCCGGAACCCCAGUACUUCAAGCCUUUGGUGCCAAUGCAAUUGCCAAACCUGCUGAGUGUGCAGGCUGCUGCCACACCGCUGUGCACACGGGCGCACACAUGCCAGACACACGCGCCCACGCCCAGGCACACGUCCACACCGUGGGGCAGGUCUUCCCAACGAGGGCUGCGGGGCAUCUGCACUUGGCUUCCUGCGGCUUUAGGCUGGGGGGGGGGGCAGCGAGCACUGGACCGCAGGGGCUGGAAACCAGGCUUCCGGCAGCUCCCUGGGCUGCACCCCUCCCCCAGCCCCCGUACCCCCUGACGCUGUGGGCAUUACGUGGGUGCCUGCAGCCAGCUCUGAGCCCUGCAGGCUGCUGUGCUCCUGGUCCCGUGGGGGGUGGAGGGCAGGGAGAGGCCCCCAGGGACAGUUCUGCCUUCUCAGGGUUCUUUAAGCUGGGAACAUGCCGGGUGGGCAGGGCACGCCUCCCCGGGGCAAGAGGAGGCUGCUUCUGGAGCCUCUAAGCCAAAGAGCCCGUGGGCUGGGGCAGGUGGGGGCGGGGCUGGCCCACCCCGGCCGUUCCGGGGGGUCACUCCGCACCGUGCCCGGCGCCUGUGUGAGUGGCGAUUGCGGGAUGGGGCCCGGGGGCCAGUGGGUGUGAGUCCGGGCCGCCACGGGUGAUGCGUGUGUCCGUGUUUACAUUUAGCUGACUUGGAGUUGCGUGCAUGGGUCCUGUCCCCCCCCACCGCCCCCGUGAUGUUUACGUAUGUGUGUGAGUGGGGACGGGGUUCCUGCCAGGACCCCGCCCCCCGGGCCUGCUGUGUCCACACGGAGGAGGCCUCCUGCAUGCCCCGCACAGUCCCCUCCAGCCUGUCCCCUGGAGACCAACAGUGGCCAUUCUCAUCCACACGCACCCUCAGUGAUCGCUGUACACUUUUUUUUAUUCACAAAUUCCCGUUCCUCCCCCUCCAGCCUUUGACUUGGGAUCGGUAACUUAUUUGUCUGGCUUCUUGGAGGUACUUCUGUAUGUUUGUCCUCAGGCGGUCUUACGGAUGUCUUUCAGAAAAUGGUUAUUUUAUAUGAGUUGUCAUGGAAUUUGUUCUAAUAAAUCAUUCUAUCACAUGGCGAGA